AGUCAUGACCUCCAAUCCCCACGUACAGAUCGUAUCCGUAGUUCCCCCGCCGCCGGCCAGGCCCCCAACGCCGGCCCUCCCCAACCUCCCGCACGGCCCACGGCGGGCCUCCCCAACCUCCAUCGUCGCCGCGUUCCUGGCUCCCCCAACGCCGGCCAUGCUCCCACGCCGUCGGCCGGGCCGAGCGCAGUUGCCCAGCCCCCGACCACCGACGACCCUCAGGCCUCAGCCCCGCUCCGCCAUGGUCUCUGCCCCGCCCCCUCCCGCGCAUCUCCCUGUCGACGCGCGUCACGCGCCUCCGCGCCGCCAAAGACCACCUCGACCUCACGGCACGAUCACGUCGUGGUACCGCACGCACAUGGCGCAGCUCCAGGUUCUCCCCUACCGGCACAAGAGCUUGAGUUCUCCACUGUUCGCUUGCACUUCCUGGACGGUGAUUCGCGCUGCCGUCCAGGGUCUGAACUCUGAAGCAGCUGAUGCGUGCUAUAGGUUCCGCGACGCUGGCCAUGUCAAGACUAGACCAGGCACUCUCGCCGGCAGCUCGCCGCCAUCGUCUGCGCCACCAGCAUGUCCUUUUAGCCAUCAGCCGCCGAGUCAUCCGAUUUCGUAUCGCGCGGCCGCACUUCUCCUGUUCUGCGACGCUGGUCUCUUGUUGGUGUGUCCGUUUCAUUUUUCUUUUACCUGAACUUUUAUUUAGCACCGUCCCAAACUUUCGAUAAGCAUCGGUUUGUACUUCCCUGUGAUAGACAAUGAAUAAGGAUCGGUUUGGACUCCUCCCG